UCUCCUGAGCCGCUGCUCCUGCUGGCGAAAAGAUGGCAAAAUCAGAUACACGUUUAUCCAGCUUCUAAACGUGAAAUGCCCGCUUUUGCACCCGAUUUCCGUCUGGUUGAAGAUUCAGUGCUGGCGCCGAUUGGAGCUGCAGCAGACAACGUGAAAGGUAGUUUGUUUGGAAGGAUUUUUUUUUAUAUCUAUGUAUACCCCACUGGCUUUUGUGUUAGCGAGGAAAAACAGGGUAUUCCGCUUGACCACAUAAAUCGGAUGGACUAGUCUCCGUGUGUAACGAUUGAUGUCAGCGUCUGCAGAGCUGGAUUACUCCCGUCAGAAGAGAAAAAUCUGUUAGUGUCGUCUGGCUCUGAAAGUGGAGAGAAUCGGACCUCUGGUGUAUCAUGAUCAUUGUGCCCGCUGUGCCCAGUUGAAGCAGGAUCCCCGGCACACAGUAUUCACGCUAUCUGUGGGAGUCAGAGAGACGUCGGCGUGCUAGGUCACUUCAGCUGUCAGCUUCUGUCACCUGUCCCAGCGGAAGAUGUACGGUAGCGCCCGCUCCGUCGGCAGGGGGGAUGCCAAUCACAGCGCGGGGAGGGAUGCAGGCGGGACCGGCAGCCAGGGGUCCGGCCGUUCCCCCCGCCUCCCUCGCUCGCCCCGGAUGGGACACCGUCGCACCAACAGCACCGGAGGCAGCGGAGGAGGACCCGGAGGUGCGGGAGGCAAGACCCUCUCCAUGGAGAACAUCCAGUCCCUCAACGCUGCGUACGCCACCUCGGGGCCGAUGUACCUGAGCGAUAACGAAGUCGCCAUGGCGGGAGACCACCUUCCAAAGAGUGGCGGGACAGUGACGACGAUGGGGAGGCAGAGGGUGACGUACGGUUCCAGAGGUAGCAGCAGUGGAGUCGUAGCCGCCAGCACUCCCAAUAUCUCCACCUCAGUGCCUGCUAAUGCUGUGCUGCCAGCAGGCAUGAUGGCAGGCGACGCUCUGGCGUUUGGAGACCACCACAUGGCCUCCACGGUGCCCCACUCUUUAAGGCAGGCCAGAGACAACACCAUCCUUGACCUGCAGGCUCAACUGAAAGAGGUUUUGCGCGAGAACGAGAUGUUGCGGCGAGAGGUGGAGGUCAAGGAGAGCAAGCUCAGCUCUUCCAUGAACUCCAUCAAAACCUUCUGGAGUCCCGAGCUGAAAAAGGAGCGAGCGCUCAGGAAGGACGAGGUUUCCAAAAUCACGGUUUGGAAGGAGCAAUACCGUGUUAUUCAGGACGAAGCGCAGCAUCUCCAGAUGACUGUUCAGGCUCUUCAGGAUGAGCUGAGGAUCCAGAGGGACCUGAACCAACUGCUCCAGCAAGACCCCGCCAGCCAAGGGAGGGACCUCGCCCUGACGUCCGAGCCCACGGAGGAGAACUACCGCCGGCUGCACGGCGAGCACGAGAGGCAGGCAAAAGAGCUCUUCCUGCUGAGGAAGACCCUGGAGGAGAUGGAGCUCAGGAUCGAUACGCAGAAACAAACUCUUGGAGCCCGAGACGAGUCCAUCAAAAAACUUCUGGAGAUGCUGCAGAGUAAAGGGCCAUCUGCCAAGGCGUCGGAGGAAGACCAGGAGAGGACCAGGAGGCUGGCCGAUGCAGAGAUGCACCGGCAUCACCUGGAGAGUUUACUGGACCAGAGAGACCGAGAGAUAACCGCACUAAGAGAGGAGCUGCACCGCCGAUACGAAGGAACCCCCGAGUCCACCAAGACCAAGGCUCUGCAGACCGUCAUCGACAUGAAGGACGCAAAAAUCAACUCAAUGGAGCGGAGCCUGAGGGACAUGGAGGAGGAGCUCCUGAUGAUGAAGUCUAACGGUCUCCUCAGCUGCGAGGAGCGUCAAGAGGAGAUGAAGCAGAUGGAGGUGUACCGCAGUCACACCAAGUUCAUGAAGAACAAGGUGAGAGGCAGCGGGGCCACGGUCGAGUCUGCCGAGCAGCUAAAUGUCAAACAUAAAUCCCCAUCCUCUCUCAUUUGCCGUUCUCAGAUGGAACAGGUGAAGCAGGACCUCUCCAGGAAAGACACGGAGCUGCUCGGGCUGCAGACUAAACUGGAGACGCUCACCAACCAGUUCUCAGACAGCAAGCAGCACAUCGAAGUCCUGAAGGAGUCCCUCACCGCCAAAGAGCAGCGUGCCGCCAUCCUGCAGACAGAGGUGGACGCUUUGCGUCUCCGCCUGGAGGAGAAGGAAGCGACGCUCAACAAGAAGAGCAAGCAGAUCCAAGAGAUGUCCGAAGAGAAGGGAACCCUCAACGGGGAAAUUCACGAUCUCAAGGACAUGCUGGAGGUUAAGGAGCGCAAAGUCAACGUGCUACAAAAGAAGAUUGAGAACCUGCAGGAGCAGCUGAGGGACAAAGAGAAGCAGAUGAGCAGCCUGAAGGAGAGAGUGAAGUCCCUGCAGGCGGACACCUCCAACACCGACACUGCUCUCACCACACUAGAAGAGUCUCUUGCGGAAAAGGAGCGCAUCAUCGAGCGUCUAAAGGAGCAGCGAGACCGAGACGACCGGGAGAAGACGGAGGAGCUUGACCGGAACAAGAAGGACCUGAAGGAGCUGAAGGAGAGACUGAGUUUACUGCAGGGAGACCUGUCAGACAGAGAGACCUCUCUGUUGGACCUGAAGGAGCACGCAUCCUCUCUGGCCUCCUCGGGGCUGAAGAAAGAUUCCAAACUCAAGAGUCUAGAAAUCACCUUGGAGCAGAAGAGAGAGGAGUGCCUCAAACUGGAGAACCACCUUAAAAGAGCUCAGAACGCGGCGCUGGAAGCUCAGGCCAACACCGAACUGGCAGAGCGCAUUAAAAACCUCGAGCAGGAAGUGGCCCGCCACAGAGAGGACUCUGGGAAGGCGCAGGCCGAGGUCGACCGCCUCCUGGAGAUUCUGCGGGAAAUGGAGAAUGAAAAGAACGACAAGGACAAGAAGAUCAGUGAGCUGGAGAGUUUGGCCUCCAGGCAAAUGAAAGACCAGUCGAAAAAAGUGGCGACCCUGAAGCACAAGGAGCAGGUGGAGAAGAGCCGCAACGCCCGACUGAUGGAGGAGGCCAGGAAGAGGGAGGACAACCUGUCUGAGAACUCCCAGCAGGUGAAGGACACUUUGCGGCAGAAGUCGGAGCGCAUCGAGGAGCUGGAGGAGGCCCUGAGGGAGAGCGUUCAAAUCACGGCGGAGCGAGAGAUGGUGCUCGCACAGGAGGAGGCUGCCAGAUCACACCAGGAGAAACAGAUGGAGGAGCUGCUGGGGGCCAUGGAGAAGGUGAAGCAGGAGCUGGAGUCCAUGAGGGCCAAGCUGUCCUCCACCCAGCAGUCCCUGUGUGAGAAAGAAGCGCACCUCACAACCCUGCGAGCUGAACGCAGGAAACACCUGGAGGAGGUGCUGGAAAUGAAGCAGGAGGCGCUGCUGGCCGCGAUCAGCGAGAAGGACGCGAACAUUGCACUACUGGAGCUGUCGUCCUCGAAGAAGAAGAAGACGCAGGACGAGGUGUCUCAGCUGAAGCGGGAGAAGGACCGACUGGUGCAGCAGCUCAAGCAGCAGACUCAGAACAGGAUGAAGCUGAUGGCGGAUAACUACGAGGACGAUCACCUGAAGACUGCACCUGAUCACACCAAUCACAAGCCCUCUCCAGAUCAGAUGAUCCCCCCUCUUCUCGCCCUGUCUCAGAACCGCAGCAAGCUGAAGCUCUACAUCGCCCACCUCACGGACCUCUGCCACGACCGGGACCCCAGCAUCCUCAGCCAGCUCACGCCGCCCUCUCACUACCACCACAGCGACCCCGACGACUGGGAGAAGGAGCUCCAGAAGAUGAGUGUCGAACAGCUGGAGCGAGAGCUGGAGGUGUGUGAGAAGGAGAGCGGGGAGCUGCAGGAGUAUGCCAACUCCGUCCUCCAGCAGAUCGCGGACUACUGCCCCGACAUCCUGGAGCAGGUCGUCAACGCCCUGGAGGAGUCGUGCUGACAACUCUGAACCUCAGACGCAACCCGGCUGGGCCCAGGUGCCUCUACCUCCACCCCGACACAAGGCUCCUGGACGGGAAGGGAGGGACUCCGGUCCUCCUGUGCCCCCCCUCAUCCACCCUGCGACAAACUCUCAGGGCCCGAGUGCUUUCCUGUCCCAGAGCCUGAGCUGGCUGAUUCGCAUGUGGACUGGUAAACGGAAAAUAAAAUUUAAUGUAGAUGUGCAAACCUCUGCACAAAGUCUUGGAGUCUACUGCCAACCUUCUUCUCCUGAGAUGAAGCACAGAUACCUUCUCGCUCUUUCACCCUCGAUUUAAAUGGUCUGGCUGGCUACAGGGCAGGAGGGCACUCGUCACCCCGGAGAGCUGGGGAGCUGCUACAUCUGGAGGGGGGCGAGGAGGAGCGGAGUCCAGAGAGGCCGCUUCACAGAGCCGUGCAGACGCUCGUUUUAUAACCUAGUCAGCGUUACUGCUCAUGAGAUAAUGCUUUUUAACCAAAAAAAAUAAAAAUAAAUCAGUCAAUGCAGCAUAUUGUGGACCUGAGCUGUCGAUCCGUCCGGAGAGCUCAGGUCAGGCUGAAGGUACUUGUGUGUGUGUGUGUGUGUGUGUGUGUGU